AUGUCGUCAUCUUCGAGUCAUCACAACACCACCGAGAGUCGAUCAUCAUCCAAUCAUGAUUUCAUUUCUCUCUUUCUUUCCACAUUUUCAUUAUCGGAAUUAAAUUCUUUAUUCAAUGACACAAAAACACAAAUUCAUUCUUUGAUUCAACACGUGAAAGAAAAUCAUACAAGCAUUAUACAAAAAGGACUUUCUCAUGAACAUGUUCGAUUUGUGAGUGUACUCUUGUUGGCAGUGUUGAGCGUGUUGUGUGUGGUCUUUCCUGGAAUUUUGAGUUUGUUUUUAACGUUAAAUUUUGGAUCGUUUGUAUUUAGUUAUGGAUCGGAUGAAGCUUCUAUUCAAUACGCCACUCAGUGUCAACGUGUUUCACAUGAAUUUAUUAGAUUUAUUGGAGUUUUGAUAUUUCCAAUCAUGGUGUUAAAUUUUCUUUCGAAUCGGUGGAAUGACAAGGUUCGAAAAGAUUUUACGAUGGUAAUGAUGGUCUUGACAGGAUGCCUUGCAUUGAUCAUGCUCUUUUCUCUCGUUAUAUCAGGUGGAGCAAUUUCCAAGCUUUCCUUAUUGAUUGGAUUUGCAUUGACUGGAGUAUUGUGUUACUUGAAUUUUAAAUUGUUGUAA